GUGCUCAGCAGAAUCAGAAGGUGUGAGCUGCUGCUGGUAAGUACUGUGCUGUGUAUGGAAAGGAACUUCUGUGUACACCGGGGAUCAGGUGGCGAUAGUUCCUUUCAGGACUAAGUAAGGUCCUACAGAAGCUCAUAUUUACAGGUCUCUGUAAACCUUUCUCUCAAAGUAACAUGUGUUCUGGAAUCAUUGAGAAUUAUGUGGCAGCCAUGGUCCUCAGUGGAGCUGGAGAUGCGCUUGGGUACAACAAUGGUGGCUGGGAAUUCUGUAAGAAGGGGCCGAAGAUUCAUGCUGAAUUGGCCGAACUAGGAGGCAUUGAGAGCAUAGAUGUAGAAAAGUGGAUAGUAAGUGAUGACACUGUCAUGCAUAUUGCCACAGCAGAAGCUUUGGUGGAGGCAGGCAAAAGCAUUGAACCUUCUCAUUUAUAUCCAUUACUGGCGAAGAAAUAUAAAGAAUGUAUGAAAGACAUGAAGGGGAGAGCACCAGGACCAACUUGCAUUAUGAAUUGUGACUUGCUACAGCCUGAAAUCCCAGAUGGAUGGGUAAUCCCAUUCCACAAAGCUGCCGGAGGCUGUGGUGCAGCUAUGAGAGCUAUGUGCAUAGGAUUGAGGUUUCCAAGACCAGAACAACAAAAUGAUCUGAUACGCAUCAGUAUAGAGAGUGGCAGAAUGACACACCAUCAUCCUACAGGCUACCUUGGUUCACUGGCGGCUGCAUUGUUCACUUCCUAUGCCAUAAAUCGUAAGCCCACACAUGAGUGGGGUAAGGAAUUAUUAGACGUGUUGCCUUUGGCAAAGGAGUAUGUUAAAAGUGCUGGGCGAGAUGUGUCUCAAAAUAUGAAUGCAUGGUCUUACUUUGAAGAACAGUGGCGCUCCUACCUUGGAAAAAGAGGAAUUUUGAAUGGAACUUCUCUGCCGAUAUUUCCAGAGCAAUAUGAUGUAAAGAAACGAGAUGAGUUUUAUGCUUCAGUAAGCUACAGUGGAUGGGGUGGAAGCAGUGGACACGAUGCACCCAUGAUAGCUUAUGAUGCAAUCCUGGGUUCUGGUGACAACUGGACAGAACUCACUCACCGGGCAUUUUUCCAUGGUGGAGAUAGUGAUUCAACUGCAGCCAUUGCUGCUGCUUGGUUUGGUAGCAUGUAUGGUUUCAAGGGAGUCCCCAAAGCCAACUACAAGAAAUUGGAAUACAGAAAGAGACUAGAAAAUCUUGGCAAGGAUCUCUACUAUCUUGUGUAGAGCAUGGGCCUCAAUUGUAAAGGAUUUUUUCCUUAAAGUGAAGGAUAGCUUUAACUGAAGUUUUCUUCAUGUCGAGAUAAAUUCCAGUGACAAUGAUCAUCUAAUAAAGCUGGCCGUACACAUUGAUCAUCCACAACGUGUCUGAUCAGUGUCCCAUGAAAUCGUUCAUAUGAACAGACCUAAAUGGCAGAUCCCUGUGAUUUAAAGAAAACAAAACACAGGGAGCUUGCACAAAGGGUCAAACAGUCAGCCAAAUUCAGAUAACCACGUCAUACACCUAUUUUUCAUCCAGCCAUGACUGAAAAAAUCUGCUGUGAUUUUUUACAUAAAUCUACUGUCGGCCAUUACAAAUUAGCAUUUGUUUGUUAUGUUCAGAUGAUGAUUGGCUAAAUUGGGCAAAAUCAGCCAUUAUGACCAAACAUUAUCCCAUGUGUAUGGCCAGCCUUAGUCAUAGAUACAUGGGAGAAGUUGGUGCUCUUAAUCCACCAAAAUAAAGGGGCUUUAUACAUUAUUCAAACCCUUUUAGCAUUGCACCUAUAUUUUAUACAUGAUGUGUCAUUAUCAGCCAUAGACUGCAUUUAUAAAGUACCUGUUACCAAAUAAACUGUUCUCAACUACCUCAGGCUAUGUUCUCUAACUACUCCUAAAACCCGUCCAGCCCUUAAAAACUAUGUCAGAGCUUUAAAAAGCUUUGUAUCAUACCUUUCUUCUUGCAUUUCCCAGCAGGCAUUACGGCAUUACAUCACUGAAGCCUGCUGGGGGCAACUUCUGCCCUCACAUUGUUGCAGCAUUGUGAUGAAUAGACGACCUCAAGCUCUGUGCAUGUUUCAGUCUGUGCAGAUUUCAGUGAGGCUUUCUGUGAGAAUCUGUGGAGCUUUCACUUUCUGUGCAACCAGUAAUAAAGCUCAGUGCAGAGAAACACUUCCUGAGUUCAGACUCCUGCCAGGCCGGGAGGAGACCGAACUCACUGUAUUAAUUGUGGCAGGGAACAGAACAGAGCCACCUGGUGGACGUUUUUUGUAUUACAUUUUAAACAUAUUUAUGUUGAUAAUUUUAAAAGCAAGUGAAUAGGAAAGUGUCAACUAAUUACACAAGGAACACUAUAUUAAAAGUUUUAAUUGGUGAGAGGUACUCUUUAAAACGUUCUCUGAAUUCCCUUUACACAUCUCAGAGAACUGUCAAAGAUGUAUAUGCAUGUUAUAGAGCCACUUCAUUGAGCACCAAUGUGACCUUCCACAUCUAUCUGUAACAUAUAGGAACAGUGUUUCCCAACCAGUGCAGCUUCAGCUGUUGCAGAACUACAAAUUCCAGCACUCAUGGACAGGACAGACUUUGGCUGUCCAUGCAUGCUGAGAGUUGUAAAUUUGCAAUAAUUGGCAGAAUACAGGUUAGGAAACACUGUAUUAGACAAUCAUUUUAUUAGGAACCAACCUUUAUUUGUUAAAUGCUUGUAUUUUAGGCUCUAAAGUCUCUAAGAAAGUGUCAGUUCCCCGUGGUACUAAGGAGAAUUUGACAAACCAUUAAAUGUCACAAGACAACAUUAAGCAAAAUAGGUUUUUGCAGUAGGAAAGCACUCUCUGAAUGCAUCAGAUUAAACUUUAUAUAGUUCUUAAGCGCUGUUCAUGAACAAUGUGUGUCUGCAAUAGAGAGGACAGUCAGACAGCCAGACUUCAAGCAGACAAGUCUGGUGGGGUUUACUGCUAUAUUGCCAUGUAAAAAUGCAUGCGGUUUUGCUGCAUACUUGUGAUAGAUCUGUAGAAAAAAAAUCAGCUGCAUGUGAAUUUAUGUAGAGUGCCUUGGGCAGAACAAGCUGUAAAUACGGUAAAGGUGCAAGCAGAGGCUCAAUCUCCAAGUAAAACUGAAGGUAAUAUGUCAGCCCCAGAUAAAGAGUAAAAAGCUAUGUGAAAAUAAAUCCAAGAUAAAAUGUCUCCCCAAAGGUAUCAUGAUUUACAAUGUAGAAAAAAAUAAUAAUAAUGGAAUAGCAUGCCACCACCAAUGGCGACCCAGAAUGGCCAUAACAGGAAAGGGGGCCUUCAUUUUAAUUUACAAUUGGUCCAAUUACUUAUUAAACAGUAAAAAAAGGUUAUAUCUUUCAUACCUGCAGCUGUACGGCAAAAAAAAACAAUUGUAUCAGGUGAUUAUCUGGGGAAAUGGUUUGGUAAUAAAAUGGUUAAAUUGUGUAUCUGUUUGUGUUGUGAGAAGAAAUACCUUUUCUUAAUAAAAUCAAAAAAUGGCCCCAAAAACAAA